AUGUACUGCAGGGAGUUCAUCUUCCAGAAAGGCAUAACCUAUCUCAAAUCCUGCAUGGUGCCUGAGAGACAAGCAUCUGCACUGUCCAUGAUGUACAAUGCCUUCCAGUGCCAUGUGGAAGCCAAGUCUGCCCUGCCUGACCUGCUAGUGGUGUUCCCUAUUCUGAAACAGAUGGCAGCUGAACAACAAAGCAUGAUAUUGCAACAUGAAGACCUCAGCAGAGAGAUGGAUGAGCCCAUGGAGGUGGUGUCGGAGAUGGAGGAGAUGAAGGCAGAGCUGGAACAGGUGAUGCAGGAGCUGGAGGAAGUGCAACAGAGGCAGAAGGAGCAGCAGCAGCAGUGA